CUAAAGGUCAGCAUUACAUGCAUCGCGUGGCUAUACACUACGAGCUAACUGAUCGAGGUGACAUAUUGAGAUGGCGGGGUACCUGAGAAUGUUAUCAUCACGGCUACAUUUUCCGUUGAAACAUUUGAUCAAUGGAAGUGUUUCACAGACACGUCACAUUAGCUCAAGUUGCCCAACUAAAAACGGUCGACCAUUCAACGAACCAUUGAACGGCAUGGAGUGUGCAAGGGCCGGUGGAAUUGCUACCAUGUACCGACUACCAUUCCAAAAAGACCCAAAAGGACUUGAUGUUGGUUUUGUGGGCAUACCGUUGGACAUAGGAACAUCCAACCGUUCAGGAGCUAGGUUGGGGCCCCGCCAAAUCAGGAUGGAAUCCGUUCUCGUCCGAAACGUCAACACAAUCGGGGCAGCUCCUUAUGAGUCCCUCCAAGUGGCAGACAUUGGUGAUGUCAACAUCAACCUCUACGAUCUCAAGAAGGCCGUUCAGAUGAUCAAGGAGGCCUACGUCAAGAUCUUUGCUGCCGGCUGUACACCACUGACUCUGGGUGGAGACCACACACUCACCUAUCCCAUACUACAAGCUGUCAAGGAGAAAUAUGGCCAGAUUGGACUGGUGCACAUCGACGCUCACAACGACUGCGAGGACAUCAUGUUAGGAGAGAAGAUUGCACACGGCACGCCGUUCCGUCGGUCUCUAGAAGAAGGGAUUAUCGAUCCCAAGAAGAUGGUCCAGAUCGGUCUGCGGGGAUCCGAGGUCUCUGCCAACUGCCAUCAAUGGCAGAAAGAUCUGGGUGUCAAGGUGGUUGUCGUGGAGGAGUGCUGGUACAAGUCUAUGGUCCCUCUCAUGGAUGAGGUCCGGGCGAUGAUUGGGCCCGACAUCCCAGUCUACAUCAGCUUUGAUAUCGACGCUUUGGAUCCUUCAGUUGCACCGGGAACUGGCACACCGGAGCUGGGCGGACUGACAACCAUUCAAGCUAUGGAGAUACUCCGGGGUUGUAGGGGAUUGAACAUCAUCGGCGGGGACAUGGUUGAGGUUUGUCCCGCCUAUGACCCCCUGGGUACCACAGCCUUGAUUGCCGCUAACCUGUUAUUUGAGAUGCUGUGUGUUCUUCCUGGCGUCAAAUAUCACACGAUGCUUCCAUAAUGUAACACCAUGCAGGGAGUCCAGUCCAUCACAAGUCCCUGCAAGUCCAUCACAAGUCCUCCAGGCCCGAU